AUGACUGCCCUUAUUGAAAGUUGCCGAGUCGGGCCACCGCCCGACUCUGCAGCCGAGCGUUCUCUGCCGCUCACUUUCCAAGACAUUUUUUGGCUGCAUUUCCACCCCAUUCGCCGCCUCCUCUUUUACGAGCUUUCUUGCUCGAAACCCGAGUUUUUGGACAACCUCGUACCCAAGCUCAAGCACUCGCUAGCUCGAGUUCUCGAGCACUACUUUCCUCUUGCCGGCAAUAUCGUAUAUCCUUCAGACACGAGCCAAGAUAAGCCCGUAAUCCGAUUCGCGCCCGGCGACUCUAUUCCGCUAGCGAUUUUUGAGUCGGGUGACGAUUUCGACCUUCUUGUUGGGAACCAACCUAGAGAAGCCGAUGCAUUUUACAAUUAUAUCCCCCAAUUGCCGGAUAUAGCAACAGAUAAGUCCGGUCGGAAGCUUCUCCAGUUGCUUGCCCUGCAAGUAACUCUGUUUCCGGGCCGCGGCGUGUGCAUUGGUAUAACCAAUCACCACGUGGCCGGCGAUGCAAGCUCGAUCGUGGGAUUUAUACGGGCUUGGGCUUCGAAGUGUAAGCUCGAUGGAGCCGAGGAAUCUCGCGGAGAUUCACUUCCGGUUUUCGAUCGGUCGGUUAUUAAGGACCCGCGUGGAUUCGGCUCUUUCAUUUGGAACCAAGUGAAAAGAAAGCCAUUGACCCUUUCUCCUUUUCCCCUUCCGACGGAAAGGGUUCGGGCCACAUACAUUCUUAGUCGAGCCCAAAUAGAGAAACUCAAGGAUUUUGUGUUGGCCAAGGUUCCGGGCUUUGCCCACCUGUCGUCUUUUGUGGUGACAUCAGCUUACGUCUGGACGUGUCUUGCGAAAAGUCGAGUAGGUGGUGGUGGUGCUGCUGCUGAUGAUGAUGAUGAUGUGGAAUUUUUCAUGUUUACAGCUGAUAUCCGGGCCCGGGUUGACCCACCUGUGCCCGGGAACUACUUUGGUAACUGCUUGUCGGGCGGGCUUGGGAGGGCCCGCCACGAAGAGCUCAUUGGGCCUGGUGGGUUUCUUCUGGCGGCUCAGGCAAUAGCCGAGCAGGUGAAAAACGUGGUGAAUGAUAAAGAUCGAGUCUUGGAGAGGCUCGAGGAUCGGAUCGAAGAAAUGCGGUCGAUAGUCGGGAGACGCGUUUUUUCGGUGUCCGGAUCGAAUAGGGUCGAUUUGUACGGUGCGGAUUUCGGGCUGGGGAGGGCCCGGAAAGUGGAGACUCUGUCGAUCGAUGCGGAGAAAUACGCGAUGUCGUUGUGCAAGCCGAGGGAUGUUGAAGGAGGUUUGGAGAUUGGUCUGUCUCUGCCUAAGGUUGUAAUGGAUGUUUUUGCAGGUUUGUUUAGUGAUGGGUUAAAGGGCUUUUGA